AUGCUGUGCAUGCUGGAGCCGAGCUUCUGGUUGGUCAGUUCGAGCUCCUUCUUGAGGUUGCCGAGCUCGCGCUGCAGGUCCGAGUUCUGCGACUGCAGUUCGCCGAGGAAGAGCGGCGGCUCGCGGCGGGGGCGCGGGCGCGCGCGGUGGUGGGCGCCCGCCGAGGCGGAGCGGCCCCGCUCGUCGGGCGCCGGCGAGGGCUCCUCAUCGCGCGCGAGGUACGGGCUCCGCCGGGAGGGGCUGCGGUCCACCUGGGGCAGGCGACCGCGGUUCCCCCACUCCGGCCGGCGCCAUUCCUCGCGCGGCGGCCCCUCGUCCGGCGCGUACUCGCGCAGAUACAGCUUGACGUGUCCGCCGCGGACCGGGCGUCAGUGUGGCCGCAUGUUGAACGUCGGGCGCUCGGGCGGUCACUGGGACCGGAGCGGCCCCGCUCGGCGGGAUCGAUCGCGGGCCGGCGGGCGCGUGCGCGCGCCGUCAAGCGGCUGCGGCGACCGACGCUCAGCGCUCCGGAUCGGA